AUGCUAGUCAUAACCGCACUGUUUGCGGCCCUACACCUUAUUUCAGGGACUGGCGCCCUGGUUGCCCGUGCCGAAUCAAAGCCAACUCUUGCAGUUUACUAUCCCGGCUACCAUUCCAAUUUGUUACCCCCGGAAAGUAUCCCAUGGGACCUCUACACCCAUCUUGAUUACUUUGUUGCCACCACUGGUAGUGAACCCAGUGAUGACUUAAAAAUCGAAAAUGAAGAGAACCUCAAGGCCGUCGUCUCCGGUGCCAAGUCCCACGGAGUUUCCGUUUCACUCACCGUUGGUGGCUGGACCGGAAGUAAGUACUUCAGCAAAUUGGUGGCCGACGAAGAAAGCCGCAAAACAUUCGUCCAGACCAUUUUGCGCGCCGUCAAGAAGUACGACUUUGAUGGUGUUGACCUCGACUGGGAAUAUCCCAACGUCCCAGGUAAUGAUGGUAACAUCCUGUCCAAGGAUGACUCGGCCAAUUACUUGAAGUUUCUGAAGACCCUUCGCCAGGUCCUGGGAUCCAAGGCCCGAAUUUCUGCUGCCGUCGCCGUCCAUGGCUUCAUGGGACCGGACGGUAAGUACCUUACAGACCACAAGGCUUAUGCUGAGGUCCUUGAUUUUAUCACCAUCAUGGCCUACGACCUCUACAGCCCUUCAUCAGGCGAGCUGGCCGGUCCCAAUGCCCCAAUGUUUGAUACCUGCAAUGACCCUGAGGUGAAAUUCUCGGUUGACCAAGCCAUCAAAACCUGGACCUCCACCGGAUUCCCCGCGGCUCAAAUCCUGUUGGGAUUACCAGCCUACGGGUACAAGUACACCAUGCCCAAUUCCGAGCUAACUCCAACCAACUUCUCAGGCCAGAGCAACCUCACCAGCUUAUUCUUCUCCAAGUUUGACAAGUCUGCCGCCCCCGCUCCCACUGAAAGUUCUACCGCUGGCCCCACCACUUGUGGUGGCGAGGAAGAUGGCCACACGUGGCUCUACAAAGACCUUGUAGCUUGCGGUAUGCUCAGUGCUGACGGAAGUCAAGGCCUCAAGGGUUUUACUCGUCACUACGAUCACUGCUCGAGAACUCCUUUCCUCUUUGACCCAUCGAGUAAGACUUUCAUUUCUUACGAUGACCCUAGAUCUCUAGCCCGAAAGACCAAAUUUGCUAAGUCUAGCGGCUUGGCCGGAGUCAACGUCUUCGACGCUACGGGGGAUACCCAAGAGAGAGUCCUCAUCAAGGCUAUCAAAUCAUCCCUCUAA